CCUACAAUCUCAAUUGAACGUUAAUUGGAAUUGGAAAAGCCAUUUUUCUACCCAAGCUGCAAUAAUGUCGGACGUCAUUGACUCGAACAAAGCAUUAACAAGCACCCGGUUCUCGGACCUGAACCCAUCGCUAUCAGAACCUGUCCUGGAAGCCCUUACCGCCGCCGGUUUCGAGUUCUGCACGCCGGUUCAAGCUGCCACCAUACCGUUGCUCUGCAGCUACAAAGACGUAGCCGUGGACGCUGCUACCGGUUCCGGAAAAACCCUUGCCUUCGUCGUCCCCCUCGUCGAGCUCCUCCGCCGCUCUUCUGCCCCUCCUAAACCUCAUCAGGUGAUGGGAAUAAUUAUCUCGCCAACAAGGGAGUUGUCUUCACAGAUAUUUAAGGUCGCAGAGCCGUUUAUUUCAACAUUGUCGAAUGUGAGGCCAAUGCUUUUGGUAGGGGGUGUGGAAGUGAAAGCUGAUAUAAGGAAAAUAGAAGACAAAGGUGCAAAUUUGUUGAUUGGGACUCCUGGAAGAAUGUAUGAUAUUAUGGAACGCAUGGACAUAUUGGACUUUCGCAACCUUGAGAUAUUGAUUUUGGAUGAAGCUGAUAGGCUAUUAGAUAUGGGAUUCCAAAAGCAGAUAAAUUCGAUUAUAUCUCGCUUACCGAAGCUACGUAGAACUGGUCUCUUUUCUGCCACUCAAACUGAGGCAGUUGAAGAGCUAUCGAAGGCAGGGUUAAGGAACCCUGUGAGGGUUGAAGUUCGAGCUGAAGUAAAAAGAUUGAAUGAAUCGACAUCCUCACAGCAACUUGCCGCCUCGAAAACACCUUCGGGACUUCACAUUGAGUAUCUUGAAUGUGAAGCAGACAAGAAAUUAUCACAGCUCAUUGAUCUUCUAACUAAGAACAAGACAAAAAAAUUUAUAAUCUAUUUCAUGACUUGUGCCUCCGUCGAUUACUGGGAUGUUGUACUUCCACGUCUUUCUUCUUUAAAGGGAUUCACGUUAAUCUCUCUUCAUGGACAAAUGAAGCAGGCUGCAAGGGAAAAAGCUUUAGCAUCUUUUACAUCUCUUUCCAGUGGCAUUCUUCUUUGCACUGAUGUGGCAGCCCGUGGACUUGACAUUCCUGGCGUUGACUGUAUAGUACAGUAUGACCUGCCUCAGGACCCGAAUGUGUUUAUACACAGAGUUGGUCGAACUGCUAGGAUGGGACGUCAAGGAAGUGCCAUUGUUUUCCUGAUGCCAAAGGAGGAAGCAUAUGUUGAGUUCCUGCGGAGAAGAGGAGUUCCACUUGAAGAGAGAAAAUGCUCUGAUGAGGCUCCUGAUAUUAUUCCUCUGAUACGAUCAGCUGCGAAAAAAGAUCGGAACAUUAUGGAAAAAGGUCUAAGAGCUUUUGUAUCUUAUAUUCGAGCUUACAAAGAGCAUCACUGUUCUUAUAUUCUCAGGUGGAAAGAACUUGAAAUUGGGAAGUUGGGCAUGGGGUAUGGCUUAUUGCAACUCCCUUCUGUGCCUGAGGUAAAGCGUUAUUCUCUUUCUACUGAGGGUUUUGUUCCGGUCGAAGAUAUAAACCUGGAAGAGAUCAAGUACAAGGAUAAAUCUCGUGAGAAGCAAAGAAAGAAAAACUUAGAAGCAAAGAGAGCUGCGAAGGAGCAAGAACAAAAACAGAAGAAGUCUAAAGCCGCCUCAAAUGUUACUUCCUCAGUCAUGAGAAAGAAAACGGCAAAGCAGAGGCGUGCUGUCCAAUCCGUGGAAGAUGCAGAUGAGUUGGCACUAGAGUACCGACUUCUGAAAAAGCUGAAAAAGGGUGCUAUUGAUGAAAAUGAAUAUGCAAAGUUAACGGGAACGGAAGAUUUGCUUUGAGACUGGAGUGAGUUUCUCAAUCAGUGGAAAAUGCAGAUGAGUUGGCGUGAGAGUAUCGGCUGCUGAAGAAGCUGAAAAGGCGUGUUGCUGAUGAAAAUGAAUUUUGCUAAAUUAACAGUAACAGAAGAUUUGCUUUUUAACUGAUGAGAGUGGAUCGUUUGGAGCAACUCCCGAUAUAGAAGUAAAAGCAAGACAUGUAGGUCGAUCAACUCAUCAAGUUCCCAUUGAAAAAUUCAAUGCCGAGAGCUCCUAAGUUACUGCAAAUGCAAAGGUAACAAAAUAUUUACAAGGAUAAAAGGUAGCAUAGUGUGUAUGUUGGAUGCUUGCUUGGUUACUAGUUUGGUUUCAUAGCCACAAAAUAGUAACUGUAACGUUUCUUUCUGUUCUAAAGAUUUUUGAGGAAAUAGUGUUGUUACGAUUAAGAUUAUCGCAGAAGUUAAUGUUGUCCUUUAUAUUUUCCUUUAUAUAAACGCUGAAGUCACUGUCUA